GCAACCAAACAGCAGCACUUGCGCACCAGCAUCCCAGUUGAUAACAUCGCUCGAUCCAGAGUUCCACCAGAGAUUACCAGUGAUCCAGUCCAGCCAGUGUAUCAAGCAGAAUGUCGCACUUUACCUCCGCCGUUGCCGCACUCCUCCUCCUCAGCCUGCUCGUCAUCCUUGGCGGCCAAGGUGCCCAGGCGGCCGUUGCCAAAGUCAAGCUGAGCAAUUCAGCGCAUCCCGGCAAGUGUGUGCUGGACACGAACACGAUCCUGUCGCCGGGACAGACGGGACUGGCGCCGAAUCUGCAGUGUGUGAGGGCCGAGUGCCAUGCGGAUGGCGUGGUGACCUUCAAGACCUGUGAUGCAGUUGCUCCGCCGCCCGGCUGCAAGCAGCGCGACUUUGUGAACAUCAAUCGCGAUUUCCCCGAGUGCUGCGAGCGCAAAUACAAUUGCGAGAAGCACAUCUAAAGCUAAUUAAUUCAAUCCUACAAUUGCUCACCUUUGCAAUGGUAUUGUUUUUAACCUCGAUCCUCGAUUUAUUUGUUUGUUCUUUUUUUUUUUUUAUUUAUUGUGUAUACUACAACAUAACAAUUAAAAUGUAAACGCUUAGCAAUACAAUUAAAUAAUUUAAUAGAAUCAUUAACAGAAAAUACAUAUGCAUGUACGCUUGCUUGUGUGGGCUUAGUUGGGUUUUUGGAGGAUGGAGGAUGGAGGAUGGUGAGACCAGGUUUGGAUCUACCUAGCUACCUAUCUCAUCUAUAUCCGAUAUCCACUAUCCAAUAUCCAAUAUCCAAUAUCCGAUUCGGCUCGUUCUGGCGUCGGGUUAUAUGGUACACCACCACUGGGCAUGGUUAUGAUAUAUGGCCCGAUUCGACGCUACACUACUAACUGAUUACACUAGAUGGCUGGCGCAUAAGACAUAAUAAAAUGAAAUACAAUUUUUAAAAAAAAAAAA